UCGAGCAUCUAGACUGCGGUUAGUAUAUCGCACGACCUCAAAGCACACAGUUCAAGUGAAACGCAUCUGGAGAUGGAAUCCGUGGCGAAAUCGACACAACCAAAGGAGCAGUGGGACAAUGGUCUCGAGUUUCUCUUCUCGUGCAUCUCCCUGUCCGUGGGCUUGGGCAACAUCUGGCGGUUCCCGUACAUUGCCUUUCAGAAUGGCGGCGGCACCUUUGUCAUACCGUAUCUGAUUGCCCUGAUGGUGAUUGGCCGUCCCGUUUAUUAUCUGGAGAUAGCCUUGGGCCAGUUCACUGGCCGUGGAGUGGUCAAGGCCUUCGAUAUGGCACCCCUGCUCAAGGGCGUGGCCGUGGGACAGGUGCUGGCCACGGGUGCCUCCAUUACCUACUACUCGAGCAUCAUGGCCCUGACCCUGAGGUUCCUGGUGGCAUCCUUAAGCUCGGAGCUGCCCUGGAGUCAUUGCUGGGUGCAGUGGGGCAGUGAUUGCCACGACGGCAGCAUCGUCAAUGCCACGGGAAAAAUGUCCUCAGCACAGCUGUACUUUGAACGUGAGAUCCUCCACGAGGUGCCCAACAUUGACAAUGGCCUGGGCAUGCCGAACUUGGAUUUGGUCGGUUGUCUGUUCGUAUCCUGGCUGAUCAUUGAAGCCGUGUUGUUACGUGGCAUCAAGAGCAGUGGCAAGGCUGCCUACUUCCUCGGCGUCUUUCCCUAUGUGGUGCUGCUCAUCCUACUGCUAAGGGCUGUCACGCUUCCCGGGGCCAUCGAUGGCAUCAUUUACUUCUUCAAGCCACAGUGGCGGCAGCUGCUCGAUCCGCUGGUGUGGUAUGCGGCCGUCACACAGGUUUUCUUCUCGCUGGCCAUUUGCUUUGGCACCGUCAUCACCUAUGCGAGCUACAACAACUUUCAUCGGAAUGUCUACAAGGACAUUGUUAUCAUCACCACCAUGGACUCCUGCUCCUCGAUCAUCGCUGGCUGCAUUACCUUUGGGAUAUUGGGGAAUCUGGCCAGGGAGACGGGUUUCACGGACAUUGGCAGCGUGGUGAAGGGCGGCGCCGGUCUGGCCUUCAUAUCGUAUCCGGAGGCCAUUGCCCGCUUUGAGUAUGUGCCACAGAUGUUCGCGGUCCUCUUCUUCCUGAUGCUCUUUGUCCUAGGCAUUGGCAGCACCGUCGGCAUGGGCACUUGCAUCCUUCGCGUCGUUCGGGAUCACUUCGGGGCACGUUCAACACCCACAUGGGCCCUGGCCAGCUGUCUGACUAUUGUGGGCUUUGGUGUUAGCAUCGUUUACAUGACGCCGGGCGGCCAAUUCAUUCUCAAUUUGGUGGACUUCUAUGGCGUGUCCUUUACAGCAUUGAUCCUGGCCAUUGGUGAAUUGGUGGCCGUUGCCUGGAUCUAUGGCGUCCAUCGCUUCUGUGCGGACAUCAAGUUCAUGAUGGGCAUCGAGACGGGUUGGUACUGGCGCCUCUGCUGGUCCUACAUCACGCCGGGCCUCAUGGCCGCUGUCCUCUUCUACAUGCUCCUCGAUAUGUCGCCCCUCACAUACAAGGGCGUGUCCUAUCCAGCGUUAACUCACGUUUUUGGCUGCUGCUUGGCCGCAUUGGGACUGCUUCAAUUGCCAGGCUGGGCAUGCUAUGCCUUCUAUAGGCAACGCCACAACCCUGGCAGCUUCUGGCAGAAGCUACGUGCCACCUGCCAGCCAUCGGACACUUGGGGACCGGCCAAUGCACAGAUGGAUGUCAGCAGCUAAAAAAUUAGCUUUCCCCACAGCCUCACGCUGCGUAUACGUAAUGCCGCAGCAUUCCCAUUCCGGGCUUCCUAGAUUAUUUGUUAUGAAAAAUAC